AUGGGUGUCUACCGCAUCCGCGUGUCCACUGGGUCCUCGCUCUUCGCGGGCUCCGCCAACCAGGUGCAGCUGUGGCUGGUGGGCCAGCACGGGGAAGCCGCGCUCCGGGGGCGUCUGAGGCCCGCGCGGGGCAAGGAGACAGAGUUUCAGGAGGAUGUGAAGGAAUACCUAGGGCCGCUGUGUUUUGUGAAAAUGCGCAAAAAGCAAUUACUACAGGAUGACGCCUGGUUCUGCAACUGGAUCUCCGUGCAGGGCCCUGGGGCCGGUGGGGAGGAGUACCUGUUCCCCUGCUACCGCUGGGUGGAGGGCAGUGGCAUCCUGAGCCUCCCAGAGGGCACAGGCCGUACUUUGGUAGAGGACCCUCAAGGCCUGUUCAAGAAACACAGAGAGGAGGAGCUGGAAGAGAGAAAGAAGCUGUACAAAUGGGGUAACUGGAAGGAUGGGUUAAUCCUGAAUGUGGCUGCUGACAAUUUAGAUGAUCUCCCGCAAGAUGAGAGGUUUCUGGAGGACAAGAGAAUUGACUUUGAGUCUUCACUGGCCAAGGGGCUGGCCAAAAUAGCUGUCAAAGACUCUUUAAAUGUUCUUGUUCGUUGGAAUGAUCUGGAUGACUUCAACAGGAUCUUCUGGUAUGACCACAGCAAGCUGGCUGAGAAGGUGCGGGAUUCCUGGAAGGAGGAUGCCUUAUUUGGGUACCAGUUUCUCAAUGGCGCCAACCCCAUGCUGCUAAGGCGCUCCAGUAGCCUUCCUGCCCGCCUAGUGUUCCCUUCAGGGAUGGAGGAGCUGCAAGCCCAGCUGGAGCAGGAGCUGAAGGGAGGCACGCUGUUUGAAGCUGACUUCUCCCUGCUGGAUGGGAUCAAGGCUAAUGUCAUCCUAUGUAGCCAGCAAUACCUGGCUGCCCCUCUGGUCAUGCUGAAACUGCAGCCUGAUGGGAAACUCUUGCCCAUGGUCAUCCAGCUCGAAUUGCCACGCACGGGAUCCCCACCACCAACACUUUUCCUGCCCACGGAUCCCCCGAUGGCCUGGCUUCUCGCCAAAUGCUGGGUCCGCAGUUCUGACUUCCAGCUUCAUGAGCUUCUCUCUCAUCUUCUGAGGGCACAUUUGAUGGCUGAGGUUAUCGCUAUGGCCACCAUGAGAUGCCUUCCAUCGAUACACCCUAUCUUCAAGCUGAUAAUGCCCCACCUGCAAUACACCCUGGAAAUUAAUGUGCGGGCCAGGACUGGGCUGGUUUCCGAAAAUGGCGUUUUUGACCAGGUGGUGAGCACCGGUGGGGGAGGCCACUUGGAGCUGCUUAGGCGUGCUAGAGCCUUUUUAACCUAUAGAUCAUUCUGUCCCCCUGAUGACCUGGCUGACCGGGGGCUUCUGGGAGUCAAGUCUUCUUACUAUGCUCAGGAUGCUCUGCGGCUCUGGGAAAUCAUGUAUCGCUAUGUGGAGGGAAUUGUGAGUCUUCACUUUAAGACGGAUAAGGCGGUGAAAAAGGACCUGGAACUGCAGACCUGGUGUCGUGAGAUCACUGACAUUGGCCUGCGAGGGGCUCAGGACCAAGGAUUUCCCAUGUCCUUAGAGUCCCGGGACCAACUUUGCCACUUUGUCACCAUGUGCAUCUUCACCUGCACUGGCCAGCAUGCCUCUGUCCACCUAGGCCAGCUGGAUUGGUAUGCUUGGGUCCCUAAUGCACCCUGCACAAUGCGACUGCCUCCACCAACCACCAAGGAUGUGACACUGGAGACGGUGAUGGCAACACUGCCCAACUUUCAUCAGGCUUCUCUCCAGAUGUCCAUGACUUGGCAACUGGGCAGACGUCAGCCCAUUAGUGUGCUUCUGGGCCAACAUGAGGAGAAGUACUUUUCAGGCCCAGAGCCCAAGGCUGUGCUGAAGAAGUUCAGGGAGGAGCUGGCUGCCCUGGAUAAGGAAAUUGAGAUCCGGAAUGCAAAGCUGGACAUGCCCUAUGAGUACCUGCGACCCAGCAGAGUGGAAAACAGUGUGGCCAUAUGA